CACGUCCGCCCGUCAUGCUCGUCCUCCACUCCUCUUCGACUUGCGACGUCUGCCUCGACUCUUACGGCGAGGACAAGGUCCCGCACACCAUUUCAUGCGGGCAUUCUUUCUGUCUCAGGUGCUUACAACUGCUUACUCGUCAAUGUUGUCCCCUUUGCCGCAAGCCCUUUGUGCCCGAGGAAGUCCGUAGGCUUCACACCGGCAAGGCCAGUCGGUCUGCGACACCGCCGCCUUCGGACCCCGCUCUCGCAGCCGAGGCUGCAUCUCGUGCACAACGGCUGCUCCGACGGAUCACCAGGAUCGUCUUGGAAGGCGCGACGUCUGAGGAUCUCCAAGACGCCAUUGGAGAAACUCAUUCAUGGCUAUUGACCCAGCCAGAAUCCGCGCACCCAGAUCUGCGAUCUGCCUAUCUCUUGCUUUACAAGUAUACGGCCCUGCAGCGCAAAGCCGAAGAGAAGAAGAAUGCGCUGAGUAACCUUGAAAAUACUUGCGACGAUCUCAGGGAGCAGCUGCAAGCCCAAGCCCAAGACGCAGAGAACAGACUGCAGGAGCUCGACAAGCUGAGAAACGAAGAACUGGAAGCGGCUCGGAUCAUGAAGGAAAGCUUACACGAACGAUACGACAAGUUGGACAAAGAGUGGUGUGGGAAAUUUGAAGUAUGCUUAUCCGAGUGCCGACGUCUGCACAAGGAGUUAGAAGACUUGAAGCAGGCUCAGUAUAACCCACUUCCCCAUCCUCCUCGGGCGGCCGAAGCGCGCUACUUCUACCUCAAGACUACCUCGUCACAUCACGAGCCAGUCAUUGUGGUAAAGGGCGACGGCCUUGAUACACUCGAGUCUGUCAAGGUACAGAUAACGGGUAAAGACGACGCGUUCCGUCUCUCACCCGUUCCGCCCACUCUCGCUAUCCCGGCAUUACCGACUGCGUUCCGACCACUCACGGACGAUGUCGAUGAUCGCGACAUCGAUGAGGUGCCUGCUCGACGACAGUGUGACAACUCAUCACUACGGGCCCCUCAGCCUAUCCCGAUCAAGUCAAGCAUUCAGCGUAUGGCAAGCAACGCUUCACUUCUUAGUCGGUAUGAUGAUCCCAUGGGUCGCUCUAUCCCUCAUGGCUCUGUCGACGUCCAUAUGGCUAGCUGCUCAUCAUCACCAAGCGUCACGACGAUGCACGCUGCAGCCCGCGAUCGACUUAAAGACGGCAUCUCUGGCUCACCAGCUGUCGUCUCGGAAAGUGCUCUCGGUCUGCGAAGUGCUGGCUCUCGGAGACCGUCUAUUGGCUCGCAGACGAGCAGCUUCGACCAGGAAGAGCAAGGUCUGCGCUGGCGUGCUCAGCUUCGCGAGCUUUUGAACGACCCUUCUCCGUCGCCGGCACGCCCUGAGGCAAGAGAUUUGAAGCAGUCACUUACCUUCGACUCGCCGUCCUGCGCACCUGAGAUGACGCCGGCCCCUGUUAUCCCUCCCCUUCCCACGAGCACAGCCAGCGCAUGCCUCGCUCGGUCGAGUACGAUAUCGAGAGCCAGUACUGCUGCGAUGGCAGCCGAGCGCGCGCGCGCAGCUGCUAUGAACAACGGAUCACCCACGUCGCCGUCUACGCCAUCGUCGAAGAAUCGCGACGCGGCACAGCCUCUUUCGCCGGGAUCUCAGCCACCAUAUUCCCGACCAGCGUAUACGCGCAUGGAGUCCUCAGAGAGCUUACGAAGUAAAACGUCCGCGACGACGACCUCAGGCCUCACCUGGAGUCUGCGGAUGCACGAACAGCGGGCAUGACGAACGUAUCCCUGUUCUGGUCUACGACAAUAGUCGUGGCUGCAUUGUGGGCAAGAAUGGGUCCCGGCAUGGGUACGGAUAUUUAAUAACGCCUAAUUAUGUAUGCCUAGGGCUCCCUUUGUCUCUUCGGUGACUGUGGCAGCAUGAUGUUACGUGCUUGUACAAUGGUUGGCCUGCAUCCUCAUGCAUAGUAAUUGCAGCGGUUGUUGGGUAGUUCAUCAAACAUCAGGUCCCCUCUCAAUGGCAGGUUCCCGUACAUCUGCAAUGCAUAUCUGGUGCGAGUGC